CACGUUUCCUCGUCCCAGUCAGCUCAGAAGAAAAUCCACCAAAAGCACUUGAAAGAGAUGGAGCUUUUCCAUGGAGAGAGGGAGAGAGGAAAGCCCUUGCAGCUCCCUAAACUGAGUGCUGACCUUGGAAAUGCAGCCAGAGAAAGUGGCCUGAGGAAGGAGAUCAACAAGCCCUCACUUCCCAGUGUCCCCAUCAUCAAGCAGAGUGGCAGCUUCCCAGGCAAGGACUCAGUGAACUCCCUGCCAAGCAAUGCUCUGGACUUGCAGGCGUGUGGAGAGGAGGCAGAGCGUGGGUAUGGUUGGGAAGCCAGACCCUUCUCUCACCCCCAGCAGAAGCUGCUCGAGGCACUGAAGUUGCUCAGAAGCGACGACUGGGAGCAGAAGCUGAAGGGACUCUGCAGCAUCAGAUCUCUGGCUGUCUACCACUCCGAAGUCCUUCUUCACAGGCUUUGUGAUGUUUCCUUGGCAACUACCAAAGAGGUGAACAGCCUGCGCUCGAAGGUGUCUGGCUUUGCAAUUCGCACUCUUGGAGAGCUCUUCAGGACUCUGAAGAAGCAAAUGGACCCAAGAGUGGAUGGGAUUGCUUGUGCCUUGCUCCAGAAGAUGGGGGAUUCCAACAAGUUCAUUCAGGAAGCUGCCAACGAGUCCUUGGAAAUGAUGGUGGUGAACGUGACACCUGCACGAGCAAUGAGUGCUCUCCUAGCUAAUGGAGUCCAGCACCGCCACGUCCUGGUGCGGAAGUGUGCAGCCAAACACCUCCUGACCUUGGUGGAGCGCAUGGGAGCCGAGAAGCUCCUGUCAGGCACCUGCCAGAGCACUGAGGGGCUGCUGGGCACCCUGGUAAAGCUUGCUCAGGACUGCCAUCAGGACACAAGGUGUUACGGACGGAAGAUGCUGAAUAUAUUGAUGAGUCAUCAAAAGUUUGAUUGCGAUUUGAAGGAGUCUGUCCCCUCACGUGACUUUGAAAAAAUUAUGGCGACACUGAAGAAGAAAGGGUCAGAAGACCUUAAAUGUCAACCUCCAUCUGCCAAGGACCCCAGGAAGUCUAAGAAGAGCAACGUGAAGAUGUCCCAGGAGAACUUGCCUUCUGCUGGAGGGUCUGGCCUGAAAUUACCCAGUCAGAGAGUCCAUUGCCUAUCAGUUCGCACCAUGGAAGAGACUGAGCACCUCCUGAAGCUUUCCCAACUCCUGACAGCUCAGGAUUUUCAUGCACGAAUGGAGGGACUGGUGCUCCUCCGGGAUGACUGCAAAAACAACCCUCAGUUCAUUUUGAAGAACAUGGUUGAGAUUAUUGAUACUUUUGUUCUGACACUUACUGAUUGCCACAAGAACGUGAGCCAGAGGGCGCUGGAGGUGCUGACCCUCAUGACACCCAUCCUCAGGGGUGCCUCAUCUCCUGUGAUGGUCUCUCUGGUGACAGCUGCCACUGACAACCUGAACUCAAAGCACUCAGGCAUUUACACUGCAGCUAUGAAGGCACUGGAAACAUUUAUUAACCACCUAGACACCACAUUGCUGCUGCAACUCUUUGCCAACCGAGUCUGUUACCUCAGUGGCCAAGCUCUGCUGGAUGUCACAGGAUAUCUCUCAGUGCUUGUGGGACGUGUUUAUCCCCGGAAACCCCAAACUGUCCAGCGCUACGUCCUGCCUGCCCUCUGGUAUUUCCUGGGAAACAGAGCCCUGCCUGUCCGCAGUGGCAAUGUUCGGGCUGUGGUGGCCAAGCUUGUGAAGAGCCUCUACCAGGUGAUGGGCUCCACACUGAAGGAAGCUGCUGCCAAGCAGCCUCAGCAUGUGGUGAAGAACCUCCAGGACAUUUUGGACCAUUUUGGACUCGAAUAA